AGGCUCGCUCUGCCGCUCUACAGUGUGCGCGAUAGCCUCGGAGCCGCCGCGUCCGUACUACACUGUCAAACCCCACUCCAAAACCAACACAACCGCGAUCGUCCCGGCACCGUCCAGCAUGGCGCGCCGAAUCUCCCGCUAGAUCGCUCGUAUUCGGGGGUGGGGGGGGUACGACUAUCCGUUGCAACUUGGUCCGGGGGGGUCGCUGUGUGCAUCGGUCUUUAUUAGCGAGCUUCCCCCUCGCUCUUCUUUUCUUAUUUAACUUUUUUCUUUUCCCAAAACACACUCAGCCCGGCGAAUGACUGAGCGCCGGCGGAGUAUGGGAUCCUUGGCGGCUUAGGAAGCGAGCGAAGUGGGGGCUUUUUAACCGUUCAAAACGAUGGCAAACUCGACGGGGAAAAACCUUCCAGAGCAGCGGCGGAAAGGACGAGCUUUCCUGGACGAGCUGCGGCAAUUCCACCAAAGCAGAGGCAGAUCGCCGUUUAAGAAGAUUCCUAUCGUGGGUGGGAAAGAGCUGGACCUGAACGCUCUCUACAUCAGAGUCGUCUCUUUAGGUGGAUUUGCAAAGGUGUCCGACAAAAACCAGUGGAAUGAACUUGGAGAGGAGUUUAACUUCCCAAGGAGUUGCUCCAACGCUGCAUUCGCUUUAAAACAGUACUACCUUCGAUACUUGGAGAAGUAUGAGAGAGUCCACCACUUUGGUGAGGAUGACGACGAGGCACAGCCGGGAAAUCCCAAAACUUCUCUUCCAGUCGGCGCGAUUCCCACGUCCUACAACUACCAGCAGCAUGUUGUUUCAGACUAUCUACGCCAAAGCUAUGGGCUGUGUACAGAUUUUGUUCCGCCGUGCGACUACAACAAACUGGUGCUGUCUCUCCUUUCGGGCCUCCCCAACGAAGUGGACUUCGCUGUCAACGUUUGCACUCUGCUCUCCAAUGAGAGCAAGCACGCCAUGCAGCUGGACAAGGACCCCAAACUGGUCACGUUGCUGCUGGCCCACACUGGUGUCUUCGAUGACUCGCUCGGCAGCUUCUGUGGGGUGUUUGGUACCGACUGGAAGGAGAAAACAUCACGAGACUUUAUCAGGUUUUGGAAAGAGGUGGUAGAGGAUGCUGAAGUCAGGGAGCUAAUCUGGGACAAGAGCAGCACAGUACAAGAUGGUACAUCUGUAGCAGAACGUUGGCAGAGCCUCUUCCACCCGCCGCGGAACCAGGGCAUCAGCGACAUGGAGGCCCAGCGGGUGCUGCAGGUCGCUGUCAUCCUGCGAAACCUCUCCUUCGAGGAUGCUAACGUCAAGCUGCUGGCGGCCAACCGAACGUGCCUGCGCUUCCUUCUGCUCUGUGCUCACUGUAACCUCAUCGCACUACGACAGCUCGGCCUCGACACGCUGGGCAACGUGGCCGCCGAGCUUCAGCUUGAUCCUGUUGACUUUCGGAUGACUCAUCUGAUUUUUCACACCAUCACCAAAUGCUUAAUGUCCAGAGACCGCUUUCUCAAAAUGAGAGCCAUGGAGAUCCUGGGCAACCUCAGCAAAGCCGAGGACAACGGCGUGCUCAUCUGCGAGUAUGUGGACCAGGACUCGUACAGGGAGGUCAUGAUGCUCCUCACCCUGCCCGACCUCAUGCUCCUGAUGGCCUCUUUGGAGGUGUUGUACCUGUUGGCUCAGCUUGGAGAGGUUCCCUGCACCAAGAUGGCCUCGGUCGACCAUAGUAUAGACCUGUUAGUGAGGUUAGUAUCUGUGGACCUUCACACAUUCGGACCGGAUGCGCUCACAGCGGUGCGGUUGAUCGAGCACCAGGCCAACGCCGAACAGGCAACAGAGGUUCGACCGCAGCUGGUGGAGCAGGUACCUGCGGUCGUGCAAGGGGCAACAUCUACUGCAACGAAGGCGACCGUUCAGUCCACACAACCGCCGCCUGGCAUCGUCGAACUCGACGGAGAGAAAUUUACACUGCAAUGGCUCAACGCACACUUUGAGACGAACACAGAGGGCUCGGUAUCCCGGUCAGACAUGUACUCGGAGUACCUGGCCACGUGCAGCAAAAUGGGAAGAAGUAACAUCUUGAACUCAACCGGCUUCCUCAAAUGUCUACGGACUGUGUUUCCCAAUCAUACAAUGCGGCGGCAGGAGGAGACCAAAACCGGUGGGCCACUUCACAUCCUCCUGGUGGGGAUAAGGCGAAGGUCGAUACCACUGCCCGUUCAACUAUUCUACCAGCAGCAGACGCCAGGUGCAGCAUCCCCUCCUGUAGUCCGACAUGAUGCCCCCGGAGGCUCCCAGGCUCCAUCUCCAGGGGCACCUCCUGGGAAUACACCACAGAUGGCACGGACACCGGGUUCUACCCUCAACCCGGCGCAAAUACCAACCAAUACGCAGGCCGUAGUGCAGCAGGUCCGGCCCUGUCCAGUGGUUCAGAUCCCCACACCAGCCCAGACCUCCCAGAACCACAGCCCCCAGAACCCUUUUGCCCCGGCCGCCGCUCAGCAACACUCCCCCAUGCUCCCCACCGGGACCCCAGUCACGCUAUUUCAACAGGUACCCCAGGGCCACAUACUUACGGCCCGGAUGCAAGGGGUCUGCCCCCCAAUCUCCCAGCACCCGCCCCUGGCUCAAACCCCUCCCCUUAUGGCACCACAAGGAGCGUCUCCCCAGGUGGAGCCUCAGUGCGCCGUGGCUACGUCUGCACCCGCCUCUUCCAUCCAAGCGUCAUCCAUCUCUACGGGGUCACGUGUCACAUUUCAGAAUAUUGCCCCAAAACCUGCGCCAAACCAGACCGCUGUGCCAGCAGCCGCCACCAACCAGCAGCCCCAACAGCAGGCGCAGAGUGUGGUAAUAGUCAGUCCCAGCCCCCAACAGAACCCAGUCUACACCCCCGCUAUACACCAAAUUGUUCUCGCCAACCCUUCUGCCAUUCCUGGCGCCCAGACUAUCCAGAUAGCAGGGCAGCCUGCAGCCCCUUCCAGCCCCUGCCCACCUGCUGCGUCCCACUCAAACCAGACCGUCAGCCACGCACUGUCCAUGAAGAGGCAUCAGCAGCAGACGGCGCUUCAAAUGAUUCCGCAAACUCCUCCAUCUCAGCCUACCUCCUCCGAGUCCAGCUUGAUCAAACAGCUUCUGCUUCCAAAGCGAGGGCCUUCAACGCCGGGCGGGAAGCUCAUCCUUCCCGCGCCACAGGUGCCCCCUCCCAACAGCACGAUAGCCCCCAGUUCGCAGGUCAUCUACCAGGCGGCCUACAACACCCCGGGCCCCUCGCCGCAGCCUCAGCAGCUCAACGUUCAGCUGGUUCCCGGUCAAGUCCAGCUCUUGCCAGGCCAGCUCAUCUCAACGAGCAGUCCGGCGACAAUCAUCCAGGCCCCCAUGGCGACUGGACAAGUCACGUUUACUGUGGUCCCCAACACUGGCUUCACCACGUCGACCGCGGCCGUCGCUGCGGUCAGCGCCGUGGCCUCGAGCGUCCCCCAGCCUCCCUUGUCGACUGCGCCCGCAGCCCAGCAAGCCCCCACUGUGCCACCGGCGCCGCCGAAUCCGCUUCGAGGCGACAAGAUCAUCUGUCAAAAGGAGGAGGAGGCCAAGGACGCGACCGGGUUGCACAUUCAUGAGCGAAAAAUCGAGGUGAUGGAAAACUCGUCUUUGCCGGGCGGGGACUCAUCCAAGGGGAAAACCAGUAACGGCGAGGUUGGAGUCAGUGCCAAGCUGCUAAAUGGUCAGAAGUGCAUGGAGUCUAAUCUACCUCCAUACCACUCAGGGAACACCCAGGGGGCACGAAACGGCCCUGCUGGGGAGAGUCCCCCUGCUAAUGGGAAGCAGGCCCUCUCCCCUGGACUUGACGCCCCUUUGGAGGGGAACCCCGACUGUAAAAAGACUCUGGUCAACGGGGUGUGUGACGUGGAUCGGGGUGACAGUGGGGUCAUCAACAAAAUCAUUCCAAAUCACGUUGCUUCCAAACAGUACUUGGGGAACGGGGACGUGGGUCCUACAGAGAGGAGUCACAGCGCGGCCCCACCUGCUCCCAGUCCUCCCCUGCAGCAGGACACUGCCAAAGCCCAGCAGACCGAGCGUCUGGCCAACGGACCUCAGACCGUCGGCACCAGGCCUCCCUCGGAACUGUCAAACGGACCUUUGGGGCCGGGCCACGCCGUGCCUGUGCUGAGGCAGCAACUGCUGCCCAAUCCCUCCCUCCCCCCUGCAAACGGUGUCGCCUCAGAAGCCCGGGGCCUCAAGCGGCCGGCCGAGAACGAGGAUCGUACGGCGGCGACCCCGUCCUCGGGGAUCCCCAAUAAAGUGGGAGUGCGGAUCAUUACCAUCAGCGACCCCAACAACGCCGGCAACAGCUCCACCAUGGUGGCCGUGCCGGCGGGAACUGACCCCAGCACCGUAGCCAAAGUAGCAAUCGAGAACGCCACUCAGCAGAGGAACUGCUCGCCCACGCUGGCCGCCGGCACAACGCCUACUGUUACCCCAUCCCCGCCCCCUUCGACCCAGCCCACAAAUGUCAACAGUCCUCAUCUCCCCCCAACACAGCAAGCCCCCACAGCACCGCCGGAGCAGAACAGGAAAGCAGGACAGAACUUCAAAUGUUUUUGGCAGUCCUGUAAACGGUGGUUUGAGACGCCGUCGAAAGUGUUUUACCACGCGGCAACGCAGCACGGUGGAAAGGAUGUGUACGGAGGCCAUUGUCAGUGGGAGGGAUGUGAUCCUUUUCCACGGCAGAGACUGUCAUUCAUCACGCAUCUACAGGAUAAGCACUGUUCUCGGGACGCUUUGCUAUCUGCACUCAAACUGGAGGAACAGCGAGCCCAGCAAAGUCCCAACCAGACUUCUUCCCAGACGCCGCCAGUGGCAGGCAGUAGUACACCGGCAGCGCGACCAGCGAAAGCGAUCGCCAAUCAUCCGAGCGCAGCCCUCAUGGCACUCCGCAGAGGCUCUCGAAACCUGGUCUUCAGGGACUUCACGGAUGAGAAAGAGGGACCAGUGACCAAACACAUCAGACUAACUGCUGCCUUAACGUUAAAGAACAUCGCCAAGCACUCGGACUGUGGUCGUAUCUUGGUAAAGAAGCACGAGACGCACCUGUCUGUGCUCGCACUAAGCAACAUGGAGGUCUCCACCACGCUCGCCAAAUGCCUUUAUGAACUGACACGCUCGCUCCAGGCCUGACCCGCCUCCAAGACGCUCGCCCCCAGGCCGACGAGGAGGAAGGCAAAAGAGGCCGGCGAGCCGUAGCGGGGGUCGGCCUGGAGGGAAGCGCGGACCAGGACUCGGACCGAAGACCCGCUCAUUAUCAGCCCCUUCCACCUGUGUUUGAAUCCCGUCACGCCCUGGACCACACACUCAAAAACUGCCACGGGGUCUUCCACCAGCUGCCCGUCUUUCCCCACCGCUUCCCCGAGGGACGACACGCCCCCCACCCCCCCUCAACACCAAACACGAGCACAUUUUUUUAGCUUUGUUUUCGUCCCAGCGAGUGACGUUUAGACUGAAACGAAGACCACGGGGUGCACAGGGGGCGUCCCACAGGGUUGUGUGGAGGAGGACUCUGCUGGCAACUGGCGCCAAUUUUUUUUUGUUUUUUCUUUCAAUCUUGGUAGCUUGGUUUUCUUACUUGAGUCGAUAUAUUUUCACUUAUUUAUUAUUAAUGAAAUGAAUACCAUUACGAUGAAUAAAAUCCUGUACAUACGUUGUGAAUAUAUAUAAAGAUGAUGCAGCCACUGGAGAACUCGCUCUGUGGCGUUAAAGAGACGCAUUACUUUGGUAGGAUUGAAUAAAGUAGUAUGUUUUGU